AAGACGGGGGGACGUGAGGAGGAGGAGGAGGAGGAGGAGGAGGGGACACCGCAAAGGCCGAGAAACGACGAAGCGCCGGCUGAUCGCUGCUCACUCUCACCUCCUCACUUUGACAUGGAAUCAUAAUCUAACACGUUAAUCUGAUCAGCGGGGGGUUGUUUUUGUAAAGAGCUGGCGGUAAAGGUAUGAUGACAGACAGACACACUCUGAUCAGAAAGCAUGGGGCUCAGUGGAAAGCAGGGACAACAGAGCCACAGGAUGGUGAUCUUUGUUGCCAUCUUCAUCCUGAUGACACUUCUCUUCCUGUACGGCUCCAACAAUGGCAACAAUUACGUCUUUACCCCCAUCCACGUGGCCGUUAAUAACCUCAAGAACUCAGACCUGAAGAAGUGGGCUGGGAAAGAAGGCUAUGUGCCAUUUCAUGGGAACAAGAAUAUGACCCUGCACUGUAAUACCUGCGCGCUGGUGACAAGUUCCAGCCAUGUCUUGGGGAGUCAAGCGGGAGAAGAGAUCGACCGUGCGGAGUGUGUGAUUCGCAUGAAUGACGCUCCUACGCUGGGGUUCGAAGCGGAUGUGGGCAGUCGGACUUCUCUGAGGGUUGUGGCCCACUCCAGUGUGUUCAGGGUGGUCCGGAGGCCCAACGAGUUCUUGCAUCGCAUGGACAACAACCCUGUGAUCAUAUUCUGGGGACCCCCGAACAAGAUUGGGAAGGAGGGCAAAGGGACUUUGUACAGACUGAUCCAGAGAGUCAGCAUGACCUACAGCAACUUGUCGUGUUUCAGUAUCAUACCAAGCAAGAUGCGCAGAUUCGACACUCUCUUUCAUAAGGAGACAGGACGAGACAGACAAAAAUCUCACUCGUGGUUGAGCACAGGCUGGUUCACAAUGGUCAUCGCCAUUGAGAUAUGCGAUAACAUCACAGUAUAUGGGAUGGUUCCACCCAAUCACUGUGGAAAAAAACCUGGAUCCAAGAAGAUUCCCUAUCACUACUACAAACCCAGGGGGCCGGAUGAAUGUGUCACUUACAUACAGAGCGAGAGCGGCCGGAGAGGAAACCACCACCGCUUCAUUACAGAGAAACAGGUGUUUGCACGCUGGGCAAAGCAGUACAACAUCACCUUCGCUCACCCCAACUGGUGAACACACAGAAAACCCUUAAGAGGUCUCUCUGCACUCGCGGAGGAAUGAACGAGUACCGAGGGGUGGAUGAUGUUUGUUAACUUCCCCGAUUGGGCCUUCAAAUCGCUAUGUGAUGGAUGACCGCUUUUGGGGGAAAAAAACUAAAUCAUUGCAGAGGUAUAUAGAAAUGUGCUCUGCCGCCAAAACUCACUUUUUAGAGGUUUCUGAAACACUGUGUGUAUCGUCCACAUUGACACGUGGCAGUCGUGUUUUUGUAGAUAGAAAAGAAACUGAUUUUAAAGAUUGAUUUUUACAUGUUUAUAAUAUUUUUGUUAUGUAUCGGAAAUGCACCGUUUCCCGUGUUGAAGGGGGAGUGUAUUUAAGUAUUCUCAUUAGAUAUGUCAAUAAGUGGCAGACAAAAUACUCUAUAUAUAGACCUUAUUUGUCCAUUAUACAGAGAAUAUAUAUAUACACUAUAGUAACUGCAGUGAUACCAUUUUUUUUAAUAACAGUUCCUGAAUCAGUACCAAAAAACAUCUACACACAUCUCAUUUGAAGUAUGAGCCAAAUGUUGUUAAAUGGUUUAAAAUAUAGCAUCUGUGUAAUGUUGAAAUUACAGUUUGAAAUUGGCAAAAUUAAAAAUAUUAAUAUGUAAACAUGACUUAAUCUGACCAAGGGUCCAAAUCUAAUUAAUAAUAAUUCCGUUUUUUAAACUUGUUGCUAUGGAAACACACAAAACUUCAUCCACUUAACAGAUGUAAAUAUCAGGUGAUUACAAAGAGUGAGGAUAAAACACGUUGGUUUACUGAAGUUUAUUUAGAUUGAUUCAACAGGGACAAACAGUUACACCGCUGUUAACGCAUCUAUCAUUGGUAAUAUUCUGACAUUUAUAUUCCAGAAAGUAAAAUUCAGAAAUCAAUUUCUACAGAUACAAAUGUUACUUUUGUUUUCAUGUUGAUAAACCCUCAAUUAGAAAUUAGCACUUUUUUUGUUGCCUUAGAUGUUGAUUUUAACAUUUUACACAAACAUUUGGAUAUGAACAUAAAACCCCGCCUCAUAUUUUAAAUGUUUUUUUAAUUUUUUUAAACCUCUGGCAUUCCAGUGCAUGCAACUUAAUUUCAAAUAUAUCAUGGCCUUGUUAUGUGUUGGUAUGUUGCUCUUAGGACUGCACGCUUAAACUGAAAGUUAAGUUACAAUUUGUAUGUAGAAACAUGAUGCAGAGAAGGCUGUGAUUUCUUAAACAGUGUUGCCUUUUGCAAGUAAUUCAACUGUUCUCUCAGAUAUACUAUAUCUGCUGGUGAGGCUUGUAUCACAACGCUUGACUGGUUGUGAUCAGAAGCCUUGUACCUGUGAAUCUAUUGGUCAGCAAUAAAUAGAAAACAUGAUAUACAUGA